AAUCGUUUAAUCGUCCCAUCCAUCACCUUACAAGGUAGACAUUAUCUUUGUCAGCUAACGAAGGAAAUGGGCCGUGAGAGGUUAAGUGGCUUGGCAGGUCCCACAGUUAACAGAGGUUAACUGUUGAGCGGAGGCGCCUUUUGAGCUGGGAUUUGAACGCCCAACCUCUGGCUGCGCAACCUGUGUCAUCCUGCAGGAAACGAAGCCAUCCCGGAACCUGGCGCGCGAGGAAGACUCCACAGGAUGCGCGGCGUGUGCGCGGAACCUGGUCUUCUACGAGCCUGGACUUCCGAGCGUGGCGCGCGGCUGCCGUGAUUUUCCGGGACUCGCGCCGGGGACUGCGCCCGGGAAUCCUGCGGGGGUGGGAAGGGGUCUCGGGCUCCGCGCCUCCGCCGCAGCGGGGCGCUGCCGGGCUCCCCGGCGCUGGCGCUGCUGGCCGCCCCCGCGGCUGGGCUUGCCGCUUGCAAGAUGUCCGUGCGCCGCGGCCGGCGGCCGGCGCGGCCCGGUACCCGCCUCUCCUGGCUGCUGUGCUGCAGCGCCCUGCUGUCCCCGGCCGCGGGCUACGUGAUCGUGAGCUCCGUGUCCUGGGCCGUCACCAACGAGGUGGACGAGGAGCUGGACAGCGCCUCCACCGAGGAGGCUAUGCCCGCGCUGCUGGAGGACUCGGGCAGCAUCUGGCAGCAGAGCUUCCCCGCCUCCGCUCACAAAGAGGACGCGCACCUGCGGCCCCGGACGGGCGCCGGGCGCGCCAGGCCGCCCCCUCCUCCGCCCGGGAUGUUCUCCUACCGGCGUGAGGGCGGCCAGGCGGGCGGUGCCCUCCCGGCCCCGAGGCUGCGAGCAGCCACCGCCCGCUCCCUGGCCCACGCCAGCGCCUGGGGCUGCCUGGCCACCGUGUCCGCCCACGAGAAGAUCCAAGGACUGCCAUUUGGGAACUGCCUGCCUAUCAGUGAUGGCCCCGUCAACAAUAGCACUGGGAUUCCUUUCUUCUACAUGACAGCCAAGGACCCUGUGGUGGCCGAUCUGAUGAAGAACCCCAUGGCCUCGCUGAUGCUGCCGGAAUCAGAAGGAGAGUUCUGCAGAAAAAACAUUGUUGACCCGGAGGAUCCCCGAUGUGUCCGGUUAACACUCACCGGCCAGAUGAUUGCAGUGUCUCCAGAAGAAGUAGAAUUUGCCAAGCAAGCCAUGUUUUCAAGGCACCCAGGGAUGAGGAAGUGGCCUCGUCAGUAUGAAUGGUUCUUUAUGAAGAUGAGGGUAGAACAUAUCUGGCUUCAGAAAUGGUAUGGAGGCGUAUCUGAUAUUUCAAGGGAGGAAUAUUUCAAAGCAGUUCCCAGGAAGGCCUGAUGGAGUAAGAAGAAAGUCCUUAGUGUUCACACUUAAAUGAAAACCUUUCCAGUGACGAAGCCAGACAGCUAUUGACCACUGUCUCUUUGUUGAAGGGUUCGUAGCAGCUCUGCCAUCCCUACAGCAGAAUGAGAGAUGGGGAACAGGGAACUCUAUGCUAAAUGUGAGAUUAAACUGGUCAUUUGCAGAUCUCCAACUCACGCGGAUACUUCGCAUAGUCUUUAUUCCGUUGUAUUCAAUCCAGACUCAGCUAUUCAGAAAUCAUGUAAUAGUGGUGGUCAAAAUGACAUGUUGAGAUCAUUGCUCUUUCCUUCUUUAAGAAAAAAAAUUGCUGUACGUACAAUGUGAUUGCUGUGUAUUUUGAGAGUACUUUUGUUGCUUGCUGUGCCAAAUGCAGUCUUGGUUCUAACCUUACUGCAAACACCAAGGAGCUGACUGUGCAUCACACAGCCGCAACAUUGUAUUAGGGUGAAGGUGGAGGACUGUGUGUCUGUGGAUUACUACUCCUGCUGGUGGAUUGCAAAUGCAUUAUUAAGUCAUACUGGCUAGAAUGUACUGGUCACUUAUGCAGCUUUUUCCCACCAUAAUAUGAAAACAGUUAAGAGCAUAGGAUGCGGCCGGGUGCGGUGGCUCACGCCUGUAAUCCCAGCACUUUGGGAGGCCGAGGCGGGUGGAUCACGAGGUCAAGAGAUCGAGACCAUCCUGGUCAACAAGGUGAAACCCCGUCUCUACUAAAAAUACAAAAAUUAGCUGGGCAUGGUGGUGUGCACCUGUAGUCCCAGCUCCUUGGGAGGCUGAGACAGGAUAAUUGCUUGAACCCAGGAGGCGGAGGUUGCGGUGAGCCGAGAUCGUGCCAUUGCACUCCAGUCUGGGUAACAACAGCGAAACUCUGUCUCAAAAAAAAGAAAAAAGGAACAUAGGAUGCUUUGUGCACAGCCCUUCUCUAUGUAACCAGCCAUGGCAGUGCAUUAAAGAGGAACAAGUAGCUUCAACAUUAAGCUUCCCAAAAGGUUGAGCUGCUCACACUUCUGGCAAGAGUCCACCUCUCUCCUGCGUGAACGGGGCAUCCAGGAUAAGAAGUGCCCCAUUCUGUGGUGGAGAAAGAGGAAAGGGGAGAGGGUGAAGCUGGGAAAGAAAAGGCAGCACAUUAGAGAAGGAAGAAAGGAAGCUGGUAACUGAGGGCCUGCUGCCUGCUCAGCCCUGGGCCAGGCCCUCAAUGGAAGCCAUCUCAUUUAAGCCCUGCAACCAAUGAGAUGCAUAUCAUCCUUGCCUCUUACAGACAAGAAAACCAGACUCAGACGGGUUGAGUCCACAUCCCAGACCGUGCACUGCAAACACAGGUGGAGUGGUUCCUAGAAGACAUCCAGUUUUAAGAAGGAAAGAGUUAUUGAAAUGCAUGGGUAGAAACUGAACCAGGAAAAUCAGCAAAGUGAUUGUAAAAGAGAAGGACUAGCCUGCCUAGAGACGAUGUUUCUUGCUUUUGGAAAGAAAAAUCUCUGAAAUUUGAUUCUUACUACAGAUUUAAAACUUUCUACAUAUUACAUGUAGGUGCUUCUAGUGUUUUCAAGAAAUUAGACUGUACCUGUGUACACUUCUAAGGCCCACAUGGACCUAUGUACAUAUAUCUAAGACCUCUGGUCAUUAAAAGCUAUAAAGGAUUGAGCUGUCUCAAGUAUCCUGUCUUUCUGUGAUGGCUAUAAACUUUAUUUGGUAGGUUAGGAAGGUUGUGUAACAUAAAAACACAUCACUAUAUAUAUAUAUAUUCAUUUAUGAAAUAUACAUUUUUCAUGUAAAUAAAAGUGUUAACGUUUAUAUACUUUUGCUUAACAAAAUAAUACACAAUGAGAGUUUGAGUUGUCAACAUAUAUUUUAAGUGUCUAUUGCUAAAAACAUAGUAAUAUGCGGAGAUUUCUUUGUCGUAAGCCAAUCCUCAAAAGAGUUCCUAACAAUGGUGAUGUCUAAUAUAUAAGAAUAAGGUACCUCCGAGGGAACUUCAUAUUUUCAGAGUUUAAAAUUAUUGCUACUCCCAACUUAGAUAAAAGGGAGAAAGCCGGAAGAACAAAUGACAUGCUCAAAUGUAUUGCAUAAGUCAACCUCAAACCUUAAUACUUGGAGCUUCGCUACCUCCUGAUCCUGUCUUACAGAUAAGGUCCCCAUGCUAGGUUUGUUUUAUACUCAGGUUCCAUUUAGCUCAUUAAAGGUCACUGCUGCUUCAAAGGGCUUUGCAGACUGGAUGCCAUUUAUAACCACUGACAAAUGUUAUCAGCUAUUUAUCCAAAUUACAGGAAAUGAAACCUGAAAAGGUUGGAUAAGAACUGUGUUGAAAAUUCAUAGUUUUGAGUUUGAUGGAUUCCAUUCAGGCAAGCGUGUUUCAGCAAACCUCUAGAAAUUUACAUUGAUUAAAAUGUUAGUGGCUGUACUGGAAGUUCCGGACAUGGCAAUAAGGUAAGAAAAAGAGAUUAAAUACAUACAGAUCAGAAAGAAAAAAAAAAAUGUAUCCCUAUUUAGAGAUGACAGGAUUGCCUAUAUAGAAAAUUCCAAAUAAACUAUUUUUUAAAAAAGAAACUCUAGAACUAGUAAGUGAAUGCAGCAAGGUCUCAGGACACAAGACCAGCACACAAAACUCAAUUGCAUUUUUCUAUGCUAACGAUGAGCAUGUCCCGGGGUGUGGGAGGGGAACUGAAAACACAGUACCAUUUGCAGUCACUCCAAAGUGAAAUAUUUAUGUAUAAGCAAAACUUACCCAGGACCUGUGUAGUGAAAAUUUUUUAAUGCUAAGAAAAGAAAUAAAUAUCUAAACAAAGAAAGAGAGAUACUAUGUUCUUGGAUUGGAGGAUACAAAACAAUAAAGAGAUCGGUUCUCCCCAUCUUUAUCUCUAGGUUUAAUGCCAUUCCUAUCAAAAUCCCAGCGAGGAUUUUGUAGACCUAUACAAGCUUAUUUUGAAAGUUAUUUGAAAAGGCACAGGCAUUCAAAUAGCUAAAACAAUCUUGUAAAAGCAGAAUAAGGUUGGAGAAAUCAUUCUAUUUAAUACAAAGAGUUAUUAUGUAGCUACAGUACUCAAGAUAGUGGUAUUUGGUGGCCUAGAAGCACACAUUGAUGGAACAGAAUAGGGAAUCUAGAAGGCCCACACAAACAGGCUCAACUGAUUUUUUUUUUUUUUUUUUUUACAAAAGUACAAAACUAAUUCAACAGAGGAUAGUCUUUUCAAUAAACUGGAGCAGGUGGACAUCCAUAGGCAAAAUGAACCUUGGACUAAACUUCAUACCUCAUACAAAAAUUAACUCAAAAGAGAUCACAUCUGUACACAUAAAAUGUAAAACUAUAAAACCAUAGAAUAUAGAAAAUCUCUGGGAACAAGGGCUAAGCAAAGAGUUUUUAGACAAUACCAAAAGCACAAUUCAUAAAAGAAAAUUUGAUAAAUUAAACUUCAUCAGAAUUUAAAACAUUUGCUCUGCAAAAGACCAUGUUAAAAGGCCGAGAAGACAGGCUAUCAAAUGAGAGAAAAUAUUUCCAAAUCACACAAUCCAAUGUGGGAAGCAGUAGCCAUCUUGUAACUAUGUUGCUUAAGCUUUUGUUCCUCUUACCUAAACCUCCAUCUUGUGGGCUUCCCUUAUUGUUUAAGUUUCACAUUCCUCCUAGUUAGGAGGCUAGCCUGCAGCCUCGUCUCCAUGGUUACUCUCUGACCUCAGCCCUCAGAACUUCCCGCCCUUACUUGUUUAUAAGCCACCGCCUUGUAGCUAAUAAACGAGACUUGAUCAGAUCCUUGACUUGUCUCCAUUCUCCGCGUCUCCUGUCUCUCUCUUUUAAUCCCCACUCCCUCCCUAGGGUCUCCGUUGCUCGCCCCGCGGGUCAGGACAAUCCAACAAAAGAUUAGUACCUAGAAUAUGUAAAGAACUGGCAAAACUGAACAGUUAAAAAAAUUUUAAUUAGAAAAUGGAGCACAUGAACAGACGUUUCACUGCAGAGAAUAUACUAAUGGCAAAUAAGCAUAUGAAAAGAUAUUCAACAGCACUAGUCACUAGGGAACUGCAAACUAAUACUACCAUGAGCUGUCACUACACACCUACCAAAAUGGCUAAAAUAAAAAAAAUGAUGAUAACACCAAAUGGUGACAAGGAUGCAGAUAAACUGGGUCAGGCAUAUACUGGUGGUGAGAAUGUAAAAUGGAACAGCCAUUCUGGAAAACCAUUUGGCAGUUUCUUACAAAACUAAACACACAACUGCCAUACUGACCUUCAAUUGCUCCCAGAAUUUAUCCCAGAGAAAUGAAAAGCGGUUCACACAAAAACUUGUGCAAGAACAUUCAUAUCAGCUUUACUGAUAACAUUCAAAAACUGGGAGCAAUCAGAUAGCCUUUAACAGGUGGCUGGUGAAGCAGUGGGUGGUGCCUCCAUGCCUGGAAUACUACUCAGCAAUGAAAAAGAACUAAUUACUGACACAGACAACUACUGGGACGAAUUCCAGAGAAUUAUUCUGAGAGAGCGAAGCCAAUCAUAGAAGUUUACACACUGUAUGGUUCCAUUUACAUAAUAUUUUGAAAUGUAAAAUUAUAGGAAUGGAGAAUAGAUAAGGGGUUGCCGCGGAGGAGUGGGGAGAACAAGAGAGUUGGGUGUAACUGUAAAAAGAUAACACAAGAGAUCCUGGUGGUGAUGGACAUGUUCAGUAUCUUGACCAAAUCAAUGUGAAAAUCCUGCUUGGAAUAUUGUAGUAUAGUUUAGCAAGAUGUGCCAUUGGGGAAAACUAGGUGAAAAGAGCAUAGGAUCUCUGUAUUAUUUCUUAACGACUGCUUGUGAAUCUACGAUUAUCUACAACUAUCUCAGAAUCUACAAUUAUCUCUGAGUAAAAAGCUUAGCAUAAACAAGAUUUAAGGAUUAGCUUAAUGAAGCAUUUAUACUCUCUUAUUAGUCCCUAAUAAAAUGAGGAACUGAGCUAUAGUCUAAAAUCUAGUAUAAAGACAUAGUAUUUCAUUUGUUAACUGUUAAUAUAUGCAUUUGCUGAAGAGAUGUAAAAUUCUUUAAAAUUUUUCUAAAUAUGUUCUAUUUAAUGUUAAAGACAAAUCAAUAAGAAUUCAGCAAAUCUGCUGUAUAGAUUUUAAGUGGGUCACUUAGGAGGAGAGGACAUCUUCAAAUUUCUUAUAUAAAUAUGUUGAGUAAGCUAUAGAUAUAUAGGCAUCCAAGUUGAUGUAUAAUAAUUCUCCACUGAUUUUAUAGAGAAGAACUAUAUUUCCAGUAAUCUUCCUCUAAAUAUUGUGGAAAAGAAUUCUGUUUUAAUGAAUAAGCUAAUUAAAGCCUAUCCAGACCACCAUGUUUUAAUUUACAGUGACUGUACAUAUCCAUGAUUUUGACAUAGAGUAUAAUUCUGAUGUUACUUGUUUCAAUAUGCCUUGUAUAUAUUGGCUGUUUAUGAUAGUCGCUUUUUGGUUGAAAAAGUAUUUAUGCUGGGUGAGGUGGUUCGUGCCUGUAAUCCCAACAUUUUGGGAGACCAAGGCAGGAGGAUGACUUGAGGUCAGGAGUUCAAGACCAGCCUGGGCAGCAUAAUGAGACCCCAUAUCUACAAAGAAUGUU